AUGGCUGAUCCAAAACGACGUCGCCAGUGCUGCUCCAUCUACGUCAUCUGCUUUUUAAAGAGGAGACGGACCAGGAGAGGUAGCAAAAAAAAGAACCUAGAUCCUCAUGAAUACCAUACACUGCAGACAGAGAAAUGCCGGAAUUCCCUUAAGAAUGCUUUUCAGAACUGCUAUUGGUCAAACAAGAAUGAAAACACUCUGAACCUAACAACCCAACCCCCAAAGAAAACAGACCUCCAAAUGAAAAUAGAUGCCAUGUUUGACAGGAUUGAAAAACUCAUCCCCAUCGCUCCAUUCACACAUUUUAAUAGAACCACAAGUGGAAAACAUAGCAAAGCAUUCAUAGCAAAUCCAAAGGAACAAUACUGUGUUGGAGAAGAAUUGGUGGUACAGAUUGAUAUGUUUGAUCACUUGGGCAACAGGAAGAGGCACGGGGGGGACUUCAUAAGAGCCAGGCUCUUCUCUUCAGGACUUGGAGCUUCUGUGUCCGGACAACUAGAGGACCUGUACAAUGGAUCAUACCAUGUUCGCUUUCAUUUAUAUUGGGCAGGGAAUGCCAAAGUCUCCAUUUGGUUGUUCCACCCAAGUGAAGGGGUGGCAGCUCUCUGGAGGGCAAGGCAUGCCAGUCAAGGGGUUCUUGGGUUUGAGGGAAAGUUUGAAAUGUUGGGUAAAAAUGCUGUGACUAAGUGUGCUUUUAAGCUGUAUGAAGAAGAGGGGAAGGAGAUCUGUGAGUACCUAGACCCCUUAUAUGAAGAGGCCUUCUACUGCUUCAAAGCUCCCAACUUCACUUGUGAAAGUCUGAAUGAAAUGAGAGGCUACGAUCUUCAAAUACCACAUAUCACUCCUGAUGAAAGUAAACUAUUUGAAAGGUCAAACAUUGCUGUUGAUAUCCCUCAGACAUUUGACUCUAUAUCCAUCAAUGCCUGUAGAGUUGUAGAAGAAACCCCAAAGCCAAAAUGCCAGACCGGAAUGGGAUCUCCUCUGCCGAGUGGAUAUUUCUACAACAAUAUUUGGCAACCCGUCUACUGCAGCAUGACCGUCUACAAGACCGGGGAGGACUUCCUUAAAUGCCUGGAGAGAAAAAAACUCUUCCUCAUAGGAGAUUCAACAUUGCGCCAGUUCAUCAUGCACUUUACAGAAGGCAUCAAAAUCGUGAAAUAUUUCCGUUACCACUGGUCAGGGUGGGCCGGUUGGCAUUUGGCCCUGGAAGCCAUGAACAUGGAGAAGGACAUUUACGUCUCCUACAAGAGACACGGCUUCCCCCUGGAACAUCCAAGCUUCUACUACUUCAAGGAAGACAUGUACACCAGCCGGCAGAUCGACCAGCGUGCUGGCGGAAAGGACACCAUAUUUGUUAUAACCUUGGGACAGCACUUUAGACACUUCCCUAUCAAGAUUUUCAUCAAGCGGGCGUUGAACAUUCGCCGAGCGAUAGAGCGCCUCUUCCACCGCAGCCCGGACACCAAAGUCAUCAUCAAGUCGGAAAACACGCGAGAACUGCACUCUCCGGUGGAAAUGCAGGGGGACUUCCAUGGCUACACCCAGUACCUGGUGCUCCAGGAGGUCUUCCAGGGCAUCAAUGUUGGUUUUGUGGACGCCUGGGACAUGACGGUGGCGGUCGGCUCGACGAUCGUUCACCCUUCCGGCCACACGUUUGACAGUAUUAUGAGCCUGGUGUUCAGCUUUGCUUGUUAA